AUGGGAGACAUCCAACCCGGCCAGGGCUAUCAACUUGGAGUUGAUGUCGGCGGGACAUUCACAGAUGUAUACGUCUUCACACCGCACGCCCAGACAGUUCGCGCAAAGGUCCCGACUACGAUCCCCGACCAAAGUAUCGGUAUUAAGAACGGUAUCGCGAAAGCGCGUUUGAUUCUCAAAGAGCAGUUCGGGUGGUCGGGGACAUUCCAGUUCAUUCAUCACGGAACCACAACAGCCACCAAUGCUGUUCUCGAAGGAAAAGGUGCCCGCACCGCGUUAGUGACGACUGCCGGCCACAAGGAUAUUCUAGCACUGCGUCGGUCUCAAAUCCCCGGCGGGUUAGGCGCAUGGCUGCAUUGGAGCCCGCCAGACCCCAUCGUGCCACUCGAACGCGUUGUUCAGUGCAAGGAGCGCAUGUCGGUGCAGGGUGAGCCGGUAUCUGCAGUGGAUGUGGAGGAUUUACGCGUUGGAUUGCGGGAGUUGGCUAAGCAAAAGCCGGAGGCAUUGGCCAUUUCACUUUUAAACUCCCACAGCAAUGACAAACAUGAACGCGAAGUUAAAGAAAUUGUCCGUGAAGAAUUUGGCUCCGAUUUCGCGGUUAUAUGCUCAGCUGAUGUCCUGCGCGAGGUUGGCGAGUAUGAGCGCACAGUCACGACCUGCACGAAUACCCUUGUUAAGCCGGUUGUUCAAACAUACCUUCAGAAUUUGUCCCUGGCUCUCGCCAAAGAGAGUGAGACUAUUCGGGUUCUGAAAAGCGAUGGCGGUCUCACCAGCCUCGCGCUUGCUUCUGAGCUUCCAGUGAACAUUCUGAUGUCUGGUCCUGCAGGAGGUGUUAAGGGGGUCGCAGAUGUCGUGGCUCGGAGUACGCCUUACAAAAAUUUGAUUACCCUUGACAUGGGAGGAACUUCAACGGACUGUGCCUUGAUUUAUAAUGGUCAGCCUCAGCUUCGCAGAGAAACUGUGGUCGAGAACCUGUCUGUGCGAUCACCGGCCGUGGACAUCAAGACUGUCGGCGCUGGCGGAGGCUCAAUCACCACCUACAUGGAAUUGACUGAGACUUUACGCGUCGGACCUGAAAGUGCUGGCGCUGUACCAGGCCCCGCGUGUUAUGAAAAGGGUGGGAAACAGGCGACCGUGACAGAUGCAAACCUGGUUCUGGGAUAUCUGCCAAAGAACCUCCUCGGUGGUGAUUUUGCUUUAAAUGUGGAUGCAUCGGUGGCUGCAGUCGCUGAAAUUGCGUCUCAAAUGAAGCUUCCGGUUACUCAGACAGCCGAAGAUAUCAUCACAAUCAUCAAUGAGACCAUGUAUGGAGCUCUGCGUCUUGUGUCCGUGGAACAGGGCUACGAUCCUCGCGAUUUCGCAUUGGUCGCUUUUGGAGGUGCCGGUCCGCUGCAUGCUAAUGCAGUAGGUGAACUUCUGGGGGCGUGGCCAGUUAUCAUCCCCCCUUCCCCGGGUAUACUUUGUGCACAGGGUGAUGUGACGACGAAGCUCAGACAUGAGCAGUCGACAACAUUUAUCCGCUUAUUAUCUGAUACCACUGCAUCAGAAAUCUUCAAGCAGUAUGAGGGCCUAGAGAAGGAAUGCCGUGAGACCCUGCAAAAGUCAUCAGGUGAACAUUGGCCGGUAACUUGGAAAUCCGCAUAUCAAGCAGACCUUCGAUACAAAGGACAAGCGUUGACUAUCACCGUUGAUCUGACUUCCGAGGAAUUGGCCAUGGAUACCCAAGGAUGGUAUGCGGUCCUCCGGGAAAGAUUUGACCAACAGCACCAGCAGCUAUUCACCUAUACACUGCCAGACUUCGAGCUCGAGCUCAUGCGACUCGGAGUCAUUCUUGAAGACGCUUCGCCUAGUAUUGACAUCCCAGAAGUCGAAAAAGCGGCAGCCCCAGAGCCUCCAGCCAAUGCCAAAAUUGGUGAACAAACAAUCACGGUGCAGGGCAAGGAACAACUUGCCACACUUUGGGAUCGCCAGAAGAUCUCCAAACAGGGAAUCAGAGUUACAGGACCAUGCAUCGUCUCUGAGAUGGACAGCAACACACUUAUUCUCCCAGGGUAUUUUGAACACUCCUUUAAUUCCGACCUUAAUAUCAUCCACGCUGGCCUCUAUUCGGAGCGAGAUGGAUCAGAUGAUGCUGCGAUGCAGCAUGUCCCUGCAAUCAGAGAACAACAAGACGAAUUCAAUGUGAUCACUGACGCGAAGGGAAAAAUGCUUGUCGGUCAAUUCGGCAGUUUCAUCACCGAGUUCCUGAAAGUGUGGCACGGCACAAUCGAGGAGGGGGAUAUUUUUAUCACAAACGAUACGUAUCAGGUACAAGGUGCCAUCAGCCAUCUGAACGAUAUCAUUGUGUUUUUGCCCAUUUUCCAUGAGCACCGUCUAAUCGGAUAUGCAUCGCAAUUUGGCCACCUGACUGACGUGGGCGGUAUUGUUCCGGGCAGCAUGUCGAUCAACGCAACCUCCGUGUUCGACGAUGGUGUGCAGAUUCCUUGCAUCAAGCUCUAUUCCAAGGGCGUGAUGAAUGCAGACAUUGUUCAACUUCUAUGUCGGAAUUCUAGACAGCCAGCAUGGUACCGCUCCGAUCUGACUGCUAUCAUUGCAGCAUGUUCGAUGGCUGCAACACGAGUGCGUGAACUUGUGACAAGAUUUGGUCAGGAGGUAUACCUAGCUUCAUGUGACGAGCUCCUAUAUAGAAACCGCAGUGGAUUGGCUAAAAUCGUGGAGCGACAGUUCAACGACAAGGAAAGCACAUUUACCGACUUCGUGGACGAUGAUGGUCACGGUGUUGGGCCGUGGGCGCUUACUUGUUCGAUGAAGAAGGUCGAUGGUAACCGACUAGUAUUUGAUUGGAGUGGCACUUCUCCCCAAAGCCAGCACAGCAUCAACUUCUAUCUCUCAGAAACCAUGUUCAAGAUGUUUAUUGGGUAUUAUCUGAUUGCAGCCGCUGCACCCGGGACGGUCAUCAACGAUGGCUUCCAUGAACUGAUUGAUGUGAAAAUCCCCGAAGGAACGGUACUCAAGCCGGUUCGCCCAGCACCCAUAUCAUGCCGAACACAUUUGAUGGGCCGUACACUCGACAUUGUUCAAGCUCUGAUCGGUCAAAAGAACGACGCUUACCAAGCUGCCGCUGGUUUCAGUGACUCGCCUCACUUCUUUUAUUCCGGAUUCAAGCCAAACGGCGAAUGGUACCAGCUCUAUCAAAUCGGCUUUGGAGGAGUUCCCGCCCGCCAAGCUGGCGAUGGGCCCGACUGUCACUGUCUCUUCCCUGCUAUCAAAUCUAUUCCCACGGAGAGCAUUGAAUUAAAUUACCCAUUACGCAUCGAAGCCAACGAAAGCGUUGCGGAUAGCGGUGGUCCUGGAUAUUUCCGAGGUGGCAAUGCCCAGCGUACGCUCUAUCGAUUCCUCGCGCGAGGCGAGUUCAGUCUACAUGACGAUCGAUGGUUUACAAAGCCCUGGGGCUUGAAAGGGGGCAAACCCGGUCGACGAUCUAGUAAGGUACUAUACCGAUACUCUCGGUCUGAGAUGGAUCCUCCGACGGAAAUUCUGCCAUCCAAAUGUGACCAUAUUCGGGUCGAUCCGGGAGACCUCCUUGAAUGGAUCACUUGGGGAGGUGGCGGACUUGGGGAUCCAUUGACCCGUCCUGUUGACAGGGUCGCUCUAGAGGUCCAUCGAAAGCUUGUCACAAUCGAAGGGGCUCGCCGGGGAUAUGGAGUGAUUGUGAGGGACGACUUCACAGUGGCUCAGGAGGAGACAACGGCACUGCGCGCGCAGAUGAAGAUGGAGCAGACCAAGCUAGUACCAGUAUCAUCGAUCUACGAUCGUGGUGGUGACAUUGAGACACUGCGCCAGUCAUGUUUAGAGGAGACCGGGUUAGAAGCUCCAGUACCACAGUGGGAGACGGAGUUAUACGGCCCUCAUUCUGGGUUGGAGUAUGUACAGAAGUGGUAUGCGGAGAUGAAGGGUGAAAAGGGCUGGAGGGUGGAUUAG